UUCUUGGGAGGCUACAAAUAGUGAGGCACUGUCUCUAAGCUCCUACAGCUGAAACGCCAGCACCAGCGUGAGGAUGGCCAGGCCUCUGGAGCAGGCGGUAGCUGCCAUCGUGUGCACCUUCCAGGAAUAUGCAGGGCGCUGUGGGGACAAAUACAAGCUCUGCCAGGCAGAGCUCAAGGAGCUGCUGCAAAAGGAGUUGGCCACCUGGACCCCGACUGAGUUUCGGGAGUGUGACUACAACAAAUUCAUGAGUGUUCUGGACACCAACAAGGACUGCGAGGUGGACUUUGUGGAGUAUGUGCGCUCACUUGCCUGCCUCUGUCUCUACUGCCACGAGUACUUCAAGGACUGCCCCUCAGAUCCCCCCUGCUCCCAGUAGCCUCUGCUCCAGGGGUGCGCCGGCUGUUGGGGGCUGGGCAUGUCUCCCACACUCCCUCUUACCCUCUCUCCUGUACCCCUUUCAAUCUGGACUUGCCCAGGUCUUCCGUGAUCAGUUAACCCAUUUUACCUAGGAGGCCCAGAGAUGUGAGGGCUCCUUUCCCAGGAUGCCCAGCAAGUGAGGGGUAGAGCCACUCUGGGCCCCAGCCUGCCUGCUGCACCCCUGCGGCCUCCCUUGUGGAUGGGAGGAGGCGGGAUCUGCUCUGAGGCCCUCGAGGCUCAGCAGAGCGUGCACCAAUGAGACCACGAAGGGAAAGGGCCUAUUUAACUCCUAAUAAAAAACUGGCGUCAG